AUGCAUGCAACUAUUACACAUCUUCUAAAGCGGCGGGCAGACAAAACCGGGCGGCGGAGUCAGCCCGCACGUCGCCAGCACCGAAAGCGCCAGCGGCAGGAAAAUGUUCAGAUUCAAAAGCUUAAGCCUUAUUGUGGUGCACAGGCAAAUGGCCGCCUCCAGCUCGAGCAGCCCUUGCAGCACCGGACAGCAUAUGUUCUCGACAGGAUUCCCGAUCCCGAUGUGGACAACACCUCCGACAAUGUCCAGGCACAGCCCCAGCUUCAGAGCGUCUAUCGGGCAUGUGGCGGUGGCCGGAGGGGGGCUGAUCCCCGGCCUGCCGCCACCUCCGCCGCCGGGAGGAGUGUAUGGUGGGUAGCAAGUGGACGGUGGUGGUCUGGUGAUCGGGGGGAGUAUGCCCGGAGGGUUGAUGAUGGGCGGGAUGAUUCUGGGAGGGUUUGUUACGGGCGGGGGAAGGAUUAUUGGCGGCAGGAUGAUCGGAGGGUUGACUAUUGGCGGCAGGAUGAUCGGAGGGUUGACUAUUGGCGGCAGGAUGACCGGAGGGUUGACUAUUGGCGGCAGGAUUCUCGGCGGAGGGACUCUCGGUGGAGGUUUGACUAUUGGGGGCAGGACUCUGGGUGGAGGUUUGACUAUGGGCGGCGGGAUUCUUGGUGGCUGGCCUCCGCCGCCGCCGCCGUGGUGGGGCGGUGGGUGGGGUUGGGGGCGGUGGCGGGGAGUGGGUGGCGUGGGACGGCAGUAGGGCGGGUAAGGCGGCGGGCAGUUGGCUGCGUAGGCUGGCGGCAGGGCCGUGAGCAUGGACAGCAUGCAGACCAUGAAAGCUGCUGUGGUCUUCUUAAUCGUGGCCAUGGCUAA